AGCAAAGCCUCCCCAGCCAGCGAGCCAAACACUGGGUGGGAGUGACGUGGGUGACGUGUGCUGCUCAUCUGGGGAAAGUUGCCACUCUAACCACGCUUGAGUCACGCUCCUAACACGUCAUACAACUUUAGCUUCAGAAAGGAGGACCUGCUACCACACUAACAAUGUCUUCAGAAAGUGAAGAUGAAUUUCAGUCUGCGGACGAGGGAUCAGACUUAGAGGAUCUGGAAUGUAACUUAAAGAGAACUUUGCUUCAGCAACACCAGCCUGUGCAUGCUGCUCCUUGUGAGAGAGUGUGUGAAGCAGAGGAAGAUGCAGCUCAGAAUGAAGCAUCAAAGAAAGUCCCCAGCACCAGCACUUCAGAUGCAGAAGAUGAUGUGGAUACUAAUAAGAAUAGGGAAGAUACCAGUGAGAGAACUCAAAUAAAUAAAGAAUCUGAUUUGUUAGGCAUAAGUGAAGAUGAAAGUAGUUCUAUGUCUGUGUCAUGCACUAAGGAUGAUGAAAGUAUAAAAGAAACACCUGUACAGCAGCUGGAAGUUGGUAGAUGUAUUAAAGAUAAUGAUACUCAGGAAAUUUGUGAAAAGAGUUAUUCAUGUGUAGAAGAACUCAGAAAAGGAUUUACAGCUGAAAAGUUAGAAAAGAGUGACAAGUUUCAAACAGAGGAGCUUAAAAGUGAUAAACAAAAUUAUGAAGUGCAAUCAGAAGAAUUAAUUGAGGACUCAGAAGAAAAGUCUGAAGAUGUGAAAUGCAAGCAAAAAGUGUCAUCACAAACAGCUUUAUCAGAAAACCUAAAGACAGAAUGCAUAGCUGAUGAGGUUGAGCCCCUUAUAUCAAACUCAGAGCCCUUACCAGAAAACAAAGGUGAUGAGCCCUUACCAGAAAACAAAGGUGAUGAGGUUGAGCCCCUUACAUCAAACACAGAGCCCUUACCAGGUGAUGAGGUUGAGCCCCUUACAUCAAACACAAACCCCUUACCAGAAAACAAAGGUGAUGAGGUAGAGCCCCUUGCAUCAAACUCAAAGCCCAAGCCAGUUAGACAAUCCAAAAUAGGUAUGAAAAAGCCAAGAGAGAAGCUUGGAGAACGUCUUGGUACAAGAAAGCUUGGUACGAAAGUAGCUAACAAAUCCAUAGAUGGCAUUUCUUCUGAUUCCUUGAAGUAUAAGGAAGAGGACAGAAAUACAUCAACAAACAAAAGUAGAUCCCCACUGACGGCCAAAACUGUGGAGAAGAACAGGGAAAAGGAAGAUGAAAAAAUGAAGAAAAGGCAGCAGUGGGUGGAACAGCAAGAAAGGUGGAAUCAAGCCCUGAACCUUGACAAAGAUAAGAAAGAGGCUUCUGGGAAUGAUGAUGGCUGGUCUGCACCAUGGGGAGGCUGGGGUGGCACCCUUCUCUCUGCCGCCUCCACCUUUACCAGGGAGGUGGGACGAGGAGUGGGCACUGUCAUGGAGACUGUGGAAAGCAGUAUUGGUGUUCCCAGCCCUGAGGUCAUGGCUGAAGAAGUAUGCAAGUCAGAACAUCUCAAAACAGCUUUAGAGGAAAAAACAACAUCUCAGAGCCUUGGGGAGGGCAAACAGACUGAGAGUGAGAAACAAACAAACAGUAAAGAAGACAGUGUGGGUGGUGACAAGUCAGGAAGUCAAGUAGAGGCAAGCUAUGGACUGGGAGGCUUCUCUUUGGGCUCCUUAGUCUCGGGUGUCUCUGGGGCACUGGAGACAGCCAGCUCCAAGGUGUUGAUGGGAGGACUGGACACCCUUGAGGUAAUAGGACGCAAGGCCAUGGACGUCAUCCAGGAAGGAGACCCCGGUCUUCAUAAGAAAAGAGCUUUUCUUUCUAAUAAGAAACCUAACUUGUCUCAGAUGUUGCAAGAAGCACGACAGAGAGCUAUGCAGGAAGAGAAAGAUGGUAUAGUUGGGGGAGGAAAUAACAAGAAUUUGCAGAAACCCUCCUUUGAGCAAGCCUGGGAAGCUACAGAGGGACCUGUGCACCUUGAGGCAUUGUCCUUAGUGGCUAAGCAGUGCCAGACCAAGCGGACCUCCAUGGCAGCAACACUCCCACAUUAUGUUCAGGAAAAGCUUCUCAGAGAAAAUACUGUCAUUAAGACCACUUGUGAACUGGAUGAGCUUGAGCAACUGGAGGAAGAUGUGACAGAGGUAGUGUCGGGUGUUGUGACCAAGAUGGGUCUACAACUGCAUCCAAAGAAAUUGAUUGAGGCAUGGUCCUUAGUGCAAGAAAAAGCAGCUUUUGUCCAAGAGGUUGGACUUGAAGAAACAGGUGAGGGUGAAGGUGUGCUGUUUAGUGCCAUGGCCCAGCUAGUGGCACAACUCUGUGCCUUGGCUCACAAGGGAGGGGAACUGGCCCUCAUUACUCCAGAUGCUGAUCCCCUUGAUUUAGCUUCCCACUUUAAAGAGCUGGCACAGGUUGUGUCUUGUGGCCUUGAGAAAGUGGCUGACCAGGUGUGUGGAGCCAUUACCUCUGAAGGAUCCCCUGUUGAUUCCCAAGUCAGCAAUACCAUUACAAACAUUUAUUUGCAGGCAGCAAAUGGCAACAACUACAUUCAGGAGAGUCUGGUGUUAUUGGCAUCAGUAUUACAAUACAGCAAUACCAAGUCAGCUGCAUCUCACCUCUAAUGAUUACAGUCUUCUGGUCUGCUAACACAUGACAAAGGUCUGUUUGGUGUUUUGUUAUGAGGGUAAGCAUGGUGCUUCGAAGUAUUAAGCUAGUUACAUGAAUGUGUGGCUAGAUAUGUUAAGGUGAAAUUUUGUAUGGUCCUCCAUUUUCUAGAACUGAAAAUGGCCCUAAUAUCAAAAGAGCUAUGGAACCUCAGUGCUGUAACUUAAUUAAUUCCUCAAUGCCAAUUGAAUCUAAGAUAUUCAGAUGCCAAAACUAUAUUUCCCAUAGAAAUCAAUGUGAAACAGAUUAAGCCAUUCCUGGAACCAAAUAGAGUGUUACCUUGAGUUACAAGUGUUCUGACUUCCCAGAAAUUUGAGAUGAGAAUUGUUGCUCGGUUAGUGUUUUGCUUUGAUUUGCAAGCCAAAAUUUGAGUUGCUAGCUAGAUCCAGGUAUGCUGCCGCUGUUUGACACAGUGAACAUCCAGCAUCCACCUCCAACACAUACUGUUCACUUCUCCCCCAAUCCAUUAUGGAAGCAUUUCUCGUUUUGUGAUAGCCUUUUGUGCAAUCAUUUAGCCAGAUUUCUUUUAUCUGACCACGGGUCCUAAACAAGUGACAUCAUUUAAUGAUGCAUGCCUAACCCACUUCCAAAACAUUCUGAAAGAGAGCAAGAAACAAACCUCCAUGGACAGCUAUUUUGUGAAAUGCUCUGCAGGUGAAAAGAAGAAAGUGUGGUGAAAAGGGUAAAAAUUAAUGAAGUAAAAAAAUUUUAGUAAUUAAGCUCAGCAAUAAAGUUUAGCACUAAGUUAAGUUCAGCAAUUAAGUAAGUAAUGGUGAACAAAAGUAACUGAAAAGCAUGAAAUUAGAUUAACUUCUCCCAUCUCCUCCACCUAUCUCCUCCACUCACCACCUCUCUCAGCAUCUUCUGUUAUGUCAAGUCGUCUGAUGUUCAACUUAAUUAUACUUUUAUAAAACCAGUUUAUUUAUUUACUUUAUCUUUUGUUGUUUUAUUAUGUUUUUAUACAAUAUUUGUUAUUUAUAAUUACAUUUUUCUUACCCGAAAACAUGUAUAAAAAAUGGGAUAUUUUUGGGGGGUUGCUGGAACAGAUUAAUGGCAUUUCAGUAAUUUCAAUUGGGAAAAUUGAUUGAGUUAUGAGCAAAUUGAGAUACAGCUCCAUCACGGAAUGAGUUAAACUCACAUCUCGAGGUGCUGUUGUACUGUAAUUGCCUUUUAAAACUUUUACAUCAGUAGUUUGUCCAUAAAAUCAUACACAAAAACUGAGGAUAUGAGAUGAAAAUAUUAGGGAUUGUUUUCAUCAUAUGAACACAAAAAUUUGAUGAUAUAAGAAUCAGUUUGGGGUUUAUAAAGAAAGCUGCUAAAAGACAGUACACAAGACUACGUGUGUCAGUCCUACAAUAAAACAUACAUAUCUAUGAUGAUGUCAUCCCUAUCAGAAAUCUUUGCCUAAGACUCUCUAUUAAUUCAACACAAACAACCUCAUUGUGUAAUUUAGGUUUUCACUGGCAGUCUUGAAACUUAUAAACUUAAAAAUAAGUUAAUUUGAAAUUAUAUGACUAUGUAAUGAAACAUACUAUCUAUGAGGAAGCCUUAUCUUUGCAACGGGCAGUGAUAGAGACAGUAAUAAACUAAUGGAAUAAAACAUGAGAAAUUAGAUUAACUGUAGGUGAAUGUAUUGAGAGUGCAGCCAGUCAUGAGAGACAUCACAUUGUCUUGGUGUCUAUUGAACACCUUCACUGAAAUAAGUGUACAUAGUAAUUUUAGAUAGAGAAGUUCACACUGGACAUUAUGAAUUGUUCUUUCAUGAUUUAUAUUUUAGGUUAACUUGUGAAUAAUUCAUUCAAAAUCUAUUUCUGUAUUUCAAAAUAAUACAUUUUUGGUCUUCUAGUUUUAAGACAUCAGAAUUGUGCACUGCUUGUAAUUUCAAGAAAUCCAUUGCAGCCGUAAUAAAGUACUAGUAUACAUUGUACUACAUGAUAUAAUAAUUUGAAAUGUAUGUAUGAAAUUAUCUUAAGCAAAGUAUUUUUCAUAUUUAGAUGCAUAUUUUUUUUAUUUAAGAGGUUUUACGUAUGAUAUAUUGCAUUGUUUUGCUAAUGCAUACAUGUAACGGUUCUCUUGUCCUGGAGUGGGCUUUGCAGUAUUCAGAAUCAUUAAUCUUUGAUGAGGGUAAACUUGUUAUAUAUACAUAUACCAUAUAUAAAUUGUUAACAUUCAUAACCUGUACAAAGUAUAAAUACAUCAUUUUUUUUUUUA